CUGGAGAAAAGGCCUAUCAAUGUGAAAAAUGUAGUAAAACAUUCAGGCAUCCCAGCCAACUUCACGUACAUGAAAGAACUCACAGUGCAGAGAAACCAUAUGAAUGUAGGAUAUGUGGAAAGACCUUCAAAUAUUUCAAAUCCUUAGAACCACACAAAAUGACUCACACAGCAGAAAAACCCUAUGAAUGUAAGGAAUGUGGAAGAGCAUUCAGACAUUACACUUCCUUAGAAAUACACAAAAGGUUUCACACUGGAGAGAAGUCCUAUGAAUGUAAACACUGUGGUAAAGCUUUUAGUUAUCACAGCUCCCUUAAAGGACACAUGAAAAUGCACACAGGAAAUACUCCUUAUCAAUGUAAGGAAUGUGGGAAAGUAUUCACUCUUGUCAGGUCCUAUCGAAAUCAUGAAAGGUACCACACUGGAGAGAAGACCUAUCAAUGUGAAAAAUGUAGCAAAGCCUUCAUGUAUCCUAGUUGUCUUCGAAGACAUGAGAGAACUCACACUGAAGAGAAACCAUAUGAAUGUAGGAUAUGUGGAAAGUCCUUCAAAUAUUUCAGAUCCUUAGAACCACACAAAAUGACUCACACUGGAGAAAAACCCUAUGAAUGUAAGGAAUGUGGAAGAACAUUCAGAUACUACAGCUCCUUAGAAAUACACAAGAAGUUUCACACUGGAGAGAAGUCCUAUGAAUGUAAACAUUGUGGGAAAGCCUAUAGCUAUCCCAGCUCCCUGAAAGGACACAUGAAAAUGCACACUGGAAAUACACCUUACCAAUGUAAGGAAUGUGGGAAAGCAUUCACUUGCCUUAGUUUGUUACAAAGACAUGAAAGAACUCACACUGGAGAGAAACCCUAUGAAUGUAAGCAAUGUGGUAAAACCUAUAAAGAUCACAAUAACUUACAAACACACGAAAGAAAUCAUACCGGAGAGAAGCCCUUUAAAUGUAAGGAAUGUAGAAAAGCCUUCAAUUGUAACAAAAACCUUCAGUUACACGUGAAAAGGCACAAUGGAAACAAACCAUAUAAAUGUGAAGAAUGUGGGAAAGCCUUCGUUGACGGCUCAUCUUUACGAAGGCAUAAGAGGAUUCACGAAUAAAACCUAGUGAAUGUAGCCCUAGCUGAUUUGGCUCAGUAGAUAGAGUGGACUGAAGGGUCCCAGGUUUGAUUCUGGCCAAGGGCA